GCAUCUUUCACCCCGGAUGCCGAGGGCCCGAAGACGAUCAUCUAUCGUCCAGUGGCCUAGGCCCGGGGAUGAGCAUCCAUCACCCGGAGGCCAAAGCCCGGGGACGAACAUCCAUCACCCGGAGGCCAAAGCCCGGGGACGAACAUCCAUCACCCGGAGGCCAAAGCCCGGGGACGAACAUCCAUCACCCGGAGGCCAACGCCCGGGGACGAACAUCCAUCACCCGGAGGCCAAAGCCCGGGGACGAACAUCCAUCAUCCAGAGGCCAAAGACUGGGGACGAGCAUCCCCACCCCGGAGGCCAAGGGCAUUGAGGCGCGCAACACAUCAUGAGACCGAGCAUGCCCAGGCAGAGCAUGUUGAGGUAGAAAUGUCCCAAGGAGACCCAACCUAGCAACUGGAGGUCGAAUGUCUCUAGGAAUAGGCCGAGGAUUGUCGCUGUAUGACGACUCCGAGGUCUGCUACCAGGUCGUGCAUCAAAAUCAAAGACACAUCUAGGCCGAGUUUCUAGGGAUGAACGUCCAAAGGAAGUUGGGUCGGGUUUCUAGGGACUAAUCUUCCUAAGCAUGUCGGGCCGAGCAUCCUGAAGGAAAAUUCCAGAGCCCCAACAACGAGAGAUCGAGCGGGCUGACCGUCAAGGGGCCGAACGUCCAAGGAAGCCCAACCUAGCAUCUGGAGAUCGAGCGGGCUGACCGUCAAGGGGCCGAACGUCCAAGGAAGCCCAACCUAGCAUCUGGAGGUCGAACGUCUCUAGGAAUAGGCCGAGGAUUGUCGCUGUAUGACGACUCUGAGGUCUGCUACCGGGUCGUGCAUCAAAAGCAAGGACACAUCUAGGCCGAGUUCCUAAGGGUCGAACGUCCAAAGGAAGUCGGGUCGGG